AUGCUGGCCCCCCUGUGGCUGCUCACCCUUUCUCUUCCCACUCUGUGGACCCAGAUACUAAUCAGCUGUACCUCCAAGAGUCCCUGCCAGCAGGCUCUCCUCUCGGGCAACGAUGUGGUCCUGCAGUGUGACCAGCCCAGAGCCCUCUGGUACUUCUCAUCCAUUCUGGAAAAGGAGCCUGUGCUGCUGUCCUAUCUGUCUCAUGUGAAGAAACUGCCUGGGGGCAGCCUCCAGCUGACCAACCCCCAGCCCACACAGACAGGUCUCUACCACUGCCAGGACCCCAACAGCAGCAGGGUGGUGGAGUACGAGAUUGACUUCCAAGAUGUCAGCACUCUGCAUAUCACGCACAGAGGCCUGGGCCAGGCCCCGCUGCAGCAAGAGAGCCUGCCGCUGGGGGGCGGGGAGGUGGUCUUCACCCACUGGGAGGCCUGGCAGGACUGUAACCGCUGUGGGGAGCCCGGGGAGCGGAAACGGCUGGGGUACUGCUACAUCAAGGACCCCCAGGAGAAGCCGGUGCCCUGCUGGCUGUUCCUGAGAGCCCAGACCGUGCGGUCCAGCCGCCUGCGGCCAGAGCUGCAGGUUGAAGCCUGCCUGGACGUACCCUGCGAGCACAGCAAGGAGGUCAACCAGCCGUACCUCGCCUUUGACACUUACCAGCUGGACAAGUUGAACACGCACACGUGGCUCACCUGCCCCUUGGCCUCCAUCUACAGGUGA